AUGAUGGAAGAAUUUGUUUUUUGGUUCUAUAACGCUAUUACUGAUCCACAUACAAACUCACGGAUCCCUGAAUGGACAAAAUAUUCUGAUGCCGAGACGAAACGCACUGAAGAAGCUUUUCAACAAAAUAAAUCAUACGUGCUGUUGGAUCGGUGUCAUAUUGAUUUGAAGCAUUCGAUUCACACUGAUCUUGCUGACGAAACGAAGCAAUUUAGACUCAAGCGUCAGGUCGGUUUCAGUCGGCAAAAAUGUCUACUAGAAGAUCGAUUCACUUCUGUACCUGCUGUCACAACAUUGACGACAAUGUUACCGUUCAGUGAUGAACCUAAAUCCUGCAGUUCUUUUUUUCAAGCUUGGUUCAAUACGCUGUCUGGUAAACGAGUGUUCAUGGACUUUGCACUAUGCAUAGAAGCAUGUGCUAAAGGCAUCGAACACGAAGCUUCUUUGUAUCGAAGAGCCAAUGCAGUCGACGACGCCCAGAAGAUGGUGACAGAGCUACGUUCCUCUGUUGGAAAACGUCGACGAGAAGUAACCAGAUUAUGUGUAAAUUUUUAUACGAGAAAUACUUUUCUCUUCAACGUUCUCAACCAGGCACUAAGAAUGUUCGACUUUUCGAAAUUAGAAACAUUGGGUCCACUCUAUCAUAUGUUACGUCUACAUUCACGAUCAUGCAAGGAAUUCUAUGGUACGGUGUAUCGAGGUGUAAAAUAUACAGAGGCAGAUAUUGAGAUGUAUAAACAAGCCAAGGGUACAUGGAAACAGUUCAUAACUUUCAUCUCAACAAGCAAAUGCCGCAUGGUGGCCGAAAUGUUCGCCACAAAUACUUUAAUGAUUAUUGAACUUACUCAUGACAAAACAAGACCACCGCGUUUUUUUGAUAUUUAUAAUAUAUCCGACUUUCCAGAGGAGGACGAAGUUCUUCUUGAACCUGAAUUGUGUUUUUAUGUUAUUGAUGUGGAGACAGUCGCUGAAAACAAAUAUAUCCUUCAUUUAAAGAUUUAA